AUCAUCAUCCCUUAAAAAUCGGCAAAAAAAGAUAACAAAUCUAAACAAGAAAAAGAUAAAAUCACUAAGUAUAAGUAAGAGUACAAAUAUAGAAUUACAUCAACAACAAACCAAAAAAAAACAAGUAUAGAAGAAAGAGAUCGCUUUUUAAAGUCAUCAUCUCAGCUUUAUCCUCAAACCUUCACCGAACAAGGUUUGACAAAUACCUCCAUCAUUCAUUCAUUUCUCUUCUCUUUUUCUAAUCUUUUUGCUGCUUUGUUCAUCUGUAAUUAUCUUUUUAAGGGAAAAUGGCAAAGAGUUCCUUCAAGCAAGAGCAUGAUCUUGAAAAAAGACGUGCAGAGGCUGCGAGGAUCAGAGAAAAAUACCCAGACAGAAUACCGGUCAUUGUGGAGAAAGCAGAGAGAAGUGAUAUUCCGAACAUAGACAAGAAAAAAUACCUAGUACCAGCUGACUUGACUGUUGGACAGUUUGUUUACGUAAUCCGCAAAAGGAUCAAGCUGAGUGCAGAGAAAGCAAUCUUCAUCUUUGUGGAUAAUGUUCUUCCUCCUACUGGAGCAAUCAUGUCUGCUAUAUACGAGGAGAAGAAAGAUGAAGACGGGUUCCUUUAUGUUACUUACAGCGGUGAGAACACAUUCGGGUAUCUUGCUGUGGAGUAGUAUGAAUCACUUGAUGGAUUCUUACGGAGUUGAAGAUUGGAAUAAUAGUUCUUUGAGUUUCAUGGUUAUUUGUAAUUUGCCAUUUAUGCGUUCAAGAAUGGAGUAAACUGUGUAAAUACUGUAAAUAAUUUCAUCCUAUGAUGUUUAAUGGUGAUUUACUGGUUUUAAGAUUUCUUAAGGAUCACGAGCUCUGUGCUUAUUGCUAAUCAUUUAUUGGUGCAAGCUCCUAUUCUAGUCCUAGGGUGUAAUUUGAAAGCCUAGAGUUCACAAAAUAAAGUGUACUCUUCUUA